AUGCCUUCCCACUUCGACACUCUGCAAUUGCACGCUGGUCAAGAAGACUUCAAAGAAAAUGCACACAAUCCAAGAGCAGUGCCAAUUUACGCCACUUCGUCUUAUGUCUUCAACGACUCGAAGCACGGCGCUGCGCUAUUUGGACUAGAAACCCCAGGUUACAUGUAUUCCCGUAUCGUUAACCCUACCGUUGAUGUCUUGGAGAGAAGAAUUGCCGCUUUGGAGGGCGGUGCCGCUGCUUUGGCCGUUUCCUCGGGCCAGGCUGCUCAAACAUUGGCCAUCACCGGUUUGGCUCACGCCGGUGACAACAUCGUCUCCACAUCUUAUUUGUACGGUGGCACUUACAACCAAUUCAAAGUCGCUUUUAAGAGACUGGGAAUUGAGACUAGAUUUAUUGACGGUGACAGCCCAGAAGACUUUGAAAAAGCCUUCGAUGAAAAGACCAAAGCUGUCUACCUGGAGACCAUUGGAAACCCAAAGUACAACGUUCCAGACUUCGAUGAAAUUGUCGCUGUGGCUCACAAGCACGGUAUUCCAGUUGUUGUUGACAACACUUUUGGUGCCGGUGGUUUCUUCGCUCAACCAAUCAAGUACGGCGCCGACAUCGUUACACACUCUGCUACCAAGUGGAUCGGCGGCCACGGAACUACCAUCGGUGGUGUGAUUGUGGAUUCUGGUAAAUUCCCAUGGAAGGAGUACCCAGAGAAGUUUCCACAAUUCUCUAAGCCUUCUGAGGGCUACCAUGGCAUGAUCUUCAACGAUGUUCUAGGCUCAUUGGCCUAUAUCGCCCACGUUAGAGUCGAGCUUCUAAGAGACCUGGGCCCAGCUUUGAACCCAUUCGCUGCUUUCAUGUUGCUACAAGGUGUUGAGACUUUGUCUUUAAGAGGUGAAAGACAUGCUUCUAACGCCAUUAAACUCGCUAAAUAUCUAGAGAGCUCCCCAUAUGUGUCUUGGGUCUCCUACCCUGGGCUGCCUUCUCAUUCUCACCACGAAAACGCUAAGAAGUACCUACAAAACGGUUUCGGUGGUGUCCUUUCCUUCGGUGUCAAGGAUUUGCCAAACGCUCCCGAGAGCGCUGACCCAUUUACUGCUUCCGGUGUUCAGGUUGUUGACUCUCUCAAAGUUGCUUCCAACUUGGCCAAUGUCGGUGAUUCUAAGACUUUGGUUAUUUCUCCUUACUUCACGACCCAUCAACAAUUGAGCGAGGAUGAGAAGCUGGCUUCUGGUGUUACCAAGGACUUGAUCCGUGUCUCAGUUGGAACUGAGUAUAUCGACGAUAUUAUUGCUGAUUUCCAGCAAGCUUUCGAAAAGGUGUUCGAAGGUCAGACUUUGUAA